AAAUAUUAUCUAUUAUUUAAAUAUUUAGUGCAUUUUUGAUACAAGACAAAAUGAUCGUACCAGCAACAGUAAAUUUUCUAAAAUCAAAAUGGCGUCUCUUCAUUUCUGCUCAUCCUCUGGCCAAAGGUGUUAUCGCUUAUUCCAUUGUUUGGCCGACGAGUAGCUUCAUGCAGCAAACGCUUGAAGGCAGACAGCUGAAGGACUACGAUUGGAUGCGCAUUCUGCGUUUCGGACUUUUCGGUGGUCUUUAUGUGGCGCCCACUUUAUAUGGAUGGUUGCGUGUGGCCUCAACAAUGUGGCCACAAACCAACUUACGCGUUGGAGCACUCAAGGCCAUUGUCGAACAAAUUUCCUACGCACCAUUCGCCAGUACCAGCUUCUACUUCGGCAUGUCGCUGCUGGAGGGCAAAGGUUUCGAUGCUGCCGUUGCAGAGGUCAAAGACAAAUUUCCAAAAACCGUAAAAAUUGCCAUUUUCAUCAUUCCAGUCCUACAGACAAUUAACUUCGGCUUGAUUCCUGAACCAAAUAGAAUAUUAUUUGUGAGUUUCUGCAGUCUCUUCUGGAUUACCUUCUUGGCGCAUAUGCAAAAGAAUGGUAAUAACCAAGCGCAGGAGCAACCAAUGCAGAAACAACAAUUGAAACAAUUCCAGCAUCAUUUGCCUGUACCUAAGAACGAGAGUUUGGUGCCAAAGGUACGAAAUGCCUUGGCGCUGUAAUGACUGAACUAGAGAGUACCAAAUUGCACAUAUUUUUUUUUAGUUUGUAAACAAAAUACGUGAUACGCUUAUUAGCUUAAUUAUUACUUAAUUACAUAUACAUAUAUAAUGGUUGUACUUACUUACUUACUUACUUACUUACUUACUACAUACAUACCUACAUAUAUCCUGGGAUUUUAAAUAACUGUUUGUAUAUAGCAUGUAUGUGCAUAUAUGUAAAUAAUAUUUAUUUUCUUCGAAGACUUAAUAAAUAUAAUUGUUU